AUGCCUUUUCUGCCAUGCUUGAAAAAAAAGAAGUUACCUGUGCCUUUAGGCAGGAGUAUCUUUCAAAAACACACCCCACCCAUCCAGCAGAACUACCAGGCCUUGCUGGAGACGUGCUUGAAGAACAAAUGCCUGUUCACGGAUGACAGCUUCCCUGCUCACAUCAGCUCUAUUGGAACGGGAGCACUGCUAAAGAAACUUCCCCGAAAUUUGCAGUGGAAGAGGCCACAUGCUUUGCACAGAAGUCCCGUAUUUUAUACUUCAAACAGAAAGCAACUUGAUCUCUGCCAGGGAUUGGUGGAAAACUGCUGGUUCCUGGCUGCCCUGAAAGCCCUGACAUUCCACCAGGACAUCUUGGCUGCAGUCGUGCCAGAAAACCAGAGCUUUGAGAGGAAAUAUGCCGGCAUUUUCCACUUCAGGUUCUGGCACUUUGGUGAAUGGGUUGACGUGGUGGUUGAUGAUCGCCUGCCAGUGAACCAGGACGGGGAGCUGGUCUUUGUUUCCUCAGUCUAUAAGAACGUGUUCUGGGGAGCCCUUCUGGAGAAGGCAUAUGCUAAACUCUAUGGCUCCUAUGAAGAUCUGCAGAUUGGACAAGUUUCAGAAGCCUUGGUGGAUUUUACAGGUGGUGUUAAUAUCAGGAUCAAGCUUGCAGCAGCUCCUCCUGAUCUGUGGGAUAUUCUGACAAGAGCAACUUACAGCAGAUCUCUCAUGGGUUGUCAGACACAUCUAGGGGCAACAAAGGUCCUGAAGAAUGGGCUUGUUGCUGGCCAUGCCUACACAGUAACUGGUAUUAGAAAGGUCACCUGUCAAGAUGGACCAGAAAACCUAGUGAGACUGAGAAAUCCAUGGGGAAAAAUUGAAUGGAAAGGAGACUGGAGUGACAGCUCUUACAAAUGGGAGCUUCUCAGCCCGAAAGAGAAGAUUUUGCUGAGGAAAAAGAAGGAGGAUGGAGAAUUCUGGAUGUCUCUGCAAGAUUUUAAGAUUCAUUUUGUAGAUCUGAUGAUCUGUAAACUAACUCCAGACCUGAUGAGCCAGGAAGAUGGGAAGAAGUGGAUGUACUCCCUGAAGAGUGGGAGAUGGGUUAAAGGAAGCACAGCAGGAGGAAGUCCGGGAUUCUGUAAUG